GAAACUAGUAUGGAUUAUUUCCAUGAUCGUUUCCUUCUGAACUGCAAUGUAUCGAGAAGGAUGUCCAAAUGGAUAUUAUGAAGCUGGUGGAUGCAAGCCCUGACCUGAAUCCUGAAAAACAUGAAAUGAUGGAAACAACUGAGACCAAUGUAUUGACUCAAUGAUGCUAAAAAUUAGCGCAAAUUUUGCUAAAAAUAACACCGAGGAUGUUCAAAUCUGAGAUAAUUGACCGGAAGGCGAAUAUUACGAUAAGACUUCACAAAUCUGUAGGUCUUGUGAGAGUAGGUGUAAUGAUCAAUGUGGAUACCAGAAAUCAUGAUUUCAAUGAGCCCAAGGCCAGGUGUAUGAUUUAGAAGAAGGAAUUUGUAUAAAUGAAAGCUCUUGCAUAGGUGAAAAGCAUUUUUUGAAAAAUGAUUUAUACACUACUGGGAAUGUUUGAAGGAUGCUAGAGUAUUAUAUUGAUCCGCUUAGUGAAGCUAAUAUGGAGCUAGGAACUCAAAAGUACCCUUACAGAUCAUUUAAAACACUCUCUUCAGAGAUUCUUAAUGUCCAUUCUCAUACCAAUGUUAGUAUUGUGAUUUAUAUAGUUGAUGCCUAUGUUCUAGAUGGAGAAUUAAUGUUUAUAAAUAUGACUAGUGUAGAGUUAAAGUCUCAUCCAGAAUACUCAGCCACCGUUAUAAAAAAUGGUCUACAAGAAUCAAGAGAUAGGGCUCUCAUAAUCCCAACAUAUCAUAGCCAGCAUGGUAUAACUAGCAAAGCAAGAUUUCAUAUCCUGAAACACUCAGAUUGGGACAUCAAUGAAAUCAUCGAGCGAGGAGAUCUGACUGAUUACGAAUUAAAUGUAUUUCCAUCUUCAUCUGCCACAUUCCAAUUUCUACGUACUUCCUUCCAUCUGGAAGGAGUCGACUUUUAUAGAGAAGCUAUAGAUGAGGAUCUAAAAUAUACACUAUUUUCUCCCAUAUUUCUUCAAGACAAAUGGAUCACUAUCAGAAACUCAGAUUUCAACAUAAGUGGAUUUAUAACUGCAGUAAUGUAUUCAAUGAACUUUCAUGCAGAGAAUUUAAGGAUAGAAGGAUAUAGACUCAGAGGUUUAAUUGUUUACCAAACAUGCAUCUGAAAUUAUCCUGGAGCCUUUGUAAAUCCAACAGUAUCUGUGAAGAAUGUUACAUAUAUGAGAACUUCUGAGAAAAUAGGUCAAAUAGGAAUGCCUUUUAUAGUCCCAUGAGCAUCUUUUAAUUUAACCAUAGAGCAAAUCGAUCUGGCUAAUUAUUUGAUAAAAAUUACAUCAUUAUUAUUCAACUCCUCAAGUCUUUUCCCCAAGCAUAACUCUUCUUCUGUAUCCUACUUGACUUCCAGAUAA